CAUCAGUCUUCAAAUUGCUGUUGAACGAGUCGAACGUUUCAAGGUUUUUAAAAUUGUAAUAACAAAACAAUGGCUAAUAAAACUCAGAUCAUUUUAAAUCCAUUAACAUUAAACAAAGUAAAAGAUGGAGUUCGUUUGCCGACGUACGAUCGAAGUGAAAUAAAAACUGGAAUUUUCCACUUUGGAGUUGGAGGGUUUCAUCGAGCACAUCAAGCUUUAAUAAUGGAUAAUUUGUUCACUAUGGGACUAGCUAAGGACUGGGGCAUAUGUGGCGUUGGAAUCAUGCCAGUAGAUCAGAAAAUGAGAGAUGUUAUGAGAGACCAGAACUGUCUUUAUACUUUGGUAGAGAAAGAAUCUUCAGGACAAUUGAAUUACCGAGUCAUUGGAUCUAUUAUAGAAUACAUUUAUGCUCCUGACGAUGUCAACGCUUUAAUAGAACGUUUAACAAAACCUGAAGCUCGUAUUGUUUCACUAACAAUCACUGAAGGUGGUUAUAACACAAACCCAGUAACUGGAGAAUUUGAUUUAUCUUUGGUUCAAGAUGACUUAAAAAAUCCGAAAAAUCCGAAAACCGUUUUUGGGAUUGUCGUUGAAGCAUUGAAAAGACGCAAGGAACGGGGUGUUAGUGGCUUUACUAUUAUGUCUUGUGACAAUUUACAAGAAAAUGGUAAAAUUGCAAAGAAAUCCUUCUUAAGUUUUGCUGAAGCAAUUGACAAAGAUUUAUCUACUUGGAUUGAAAAGAAUGUGACAUUUCCAUGUUCCAUGGUUGACAGAAUAACCCCUGUUACAACUGAAGUGGAUCGUCUAAAGAUAUCGGAGAAGUUGGGUGUUGUAGAUCAAUGGCCAGUUGUUUGUGAACCAUUCAUUCAGUGGGUCCUUGAAGAUGAUUUUGCUGCUGGUCGUCCAACUUACGAAAAGAACAUUGUUCAACUUGUGAAGAAUGUUGCACCUUAUGAGCUGAUGAAACUUAGAUUGAUAAAUGCGGGACAUCAAGCAAUUGCAUAUUUUGGAUUGCUUUUGGAUCAUUUUUAUGUUCAUGAAGCUACUCAGAAUGACCAGAUUGUAAAAUAUUUGCAAUCGUAUAUGGACUUUGAAGCAACAAGUACGCUUGACCCAGUGGAUGGCAUCGAUCUUAAUCAGUACAAAUCCACAAUUAUUAAAAGAUUCCAAAAUCCUAAUGUGCUUGAUACACUUGCACGACUUGCUGUUGACGGGUCCGAUAGAAUUCCUAAGUUUGUCAUUCCAGUCAUUGAAGAUAGAUUAACAAAAUGUGAAAGUGUUUGGUUGAGCACAUCAGUUGUUGUUAGUUUCACGCGUUACCUUAAUGGUGUUGAUGAUAAGGGGAAAAAGAUUCAAAUUGUAGACCGCAUGAAUGAGAAACUUUCAGUUUUAGACAAGAAACUUAGAAAGGAUCCGACAGCAAUUUCAGAUGCACAAGAAAUAUUUGGUGAUGUUGUCAAGAAUAAAAUUUUUAUCUCAACGUUUAAAGAAAUUUAUGAGAAAUUGCAAAACGAAGGAGCUAAGAAAACUUUAGAUUGGCUGUUAUCAAAAUAUUGAGUGGGAAAUACCAUUUUAUGAUUAAAUACAUAUGAAGAUAUUUUCAAUAAAGUUUUAUCAAUUUUCAUUUUUUUUAAUUGGACUUCAAUGAUAUAUUUUUUUUAAAUACUAUCAGUUAUAACGAAACUCUUCAAUAAUAAUUAAGCUGCAUAUUAAUCGUAAAUAAAUGCCAUAAAAUCAAUAAAAAUUUUCGUCUCUAAGACCA